AUGUUCUCCAAAGUGAUGAUCGUCGCCCUGUUGACUGUGGUUGCCAUUGCCAGUGCCAAGCCAGGUGGUCUGCUACCAGCUGCUCCGUUUGCCUAUACCGCUGCGGCUCCUCUGGCCUACUCAGCGCCGUUGACGGUCGCCCCAGCAGCUGUUCCAGCCGUCGCGUAUACUGCUGGAUACGCUAAUGUGGGAGAUUCGGCCGUUGUCACAUCACACAAUUCGCAAGUCAUUAAUCCGGCCUAUGCCGCCUAUACGGCCGCACCUUACGUGUCCGCUUAUGCGGCGGCUCCCGCGCUGGCUUCUCCAUUUGCGUACAGUGCACCUUUUGCGGCUAAGUACGUUCUGUAA